AUGCGUGCCUGGCUGUUUUUUUCCACGAUCCCUCUGUGCCUUACCUUUACACCGAGUUUCCGUGGGCAUCUGCCCUCAGAAGCGUCCGGGGCUUCCGGGGCUUCCGGGGCUUCCGCCUCCAACGACUUCAGUGGUGUGCUGGGUCGGUCACUGGGCUCCAGCUGUUUUGUGGCCUUGGGGGUUUUUGGACUCAGCCAUGUCCGAGGCCGAAGGACUGCGAUGCGUGGCUUGAAAGAUCGUGUGAAAAAGAAUUUCAGUGUGAAAAGCGCCAUGAUCCGGCGACUUGGCAAGUGGCGCUUGAUGAAGGAAUUUGAUAUGCGGAAGCAGAUUAUGGAGGAUCCCAUGAUGGCCACCCGGUGUGGCACAACACAAGCAGGGCUCAUUGAAGACUUCAAUCGAGCCUCCAAUCACCUCAAGGCCACCCUUGGUCUUGAUGACCAAAGUGCGGAGAUUUGCAUCUCCAAAGUGGCCACAGGGCUCAACAUGCAGUACUUGGGGAAACCCAAUAUCCCAUCCAAUGAGCAGAUGAACACAGUCAUGGACUGGCUGGCAGAAAAUCUGGAGGUCGGCAAGGCCGAUGGAUCCUUGAAACGUGUGGUUGAGCAAUAUCCCUUUGUCUUGGGUCGAACCAUUGAUGACUUGGAGGAGUCGCAGAACUUUUGCCCAGAGGAUAUUGACUUCAAGGUCGCAGUAUCUGAUGAUCCAGCUUUGAUUGACAAGACAUACAACUGCCAGGGAAUUUGUGCAUCGCAGUGUUUUUCCGCGAAAGCCUUUACCUUUUCCACAGUUCUAGGCUCGCAAGCCAUGAGCAUGAACCAGGGACAAAAGUGCAAGAUAAAGGGAUCCAUUGUGGCCUGGGGAACUCCCGCAGCCAUGAAGAUUGAGGAGGUGCAAUCCACAACCAAGACUCAGCGCAUUGCGACCCAUAGCCAUAUCAAGGGCCUGGGGCUUGCAGAGGAUGGAACUGCUCAGCCAGUGGCGUCAGGCCUCGUUGGGCAGGAGAAGGCACGGGAAGCAUGUGGCAUUACCGUGGACCUCAUCAAAUCGAAGAAGAUGGCGGGCCGGGCUUUGCUGAUGGCUGGAGCCCCUGGCACCGGCAAAACGGCCCUAGCUCUGGCUGUGGCACAAGAGCUGGGAUCGAAGGUGCCAUUCUGCCCGAUGGUUGGGAGUGAGGUCUACUCUUCAGAGGUGAAGAAGACUGAGAUCUUGAUGGAGAACUGCCGUCGUGCAAUUGGGAUCCGAAUAAAGGAGACAAAGGAAGUCUACGAGGGCGAGGUCACAGAAUUGACCCCAGAGGAGCGACCCGAUCCUACAGGCGGUUACGGCAAGAAGGUAACUGCUGUGAUGAUUGGGCUGAAGACCACGAAGGGUCAAAAGACCCUGAAGUUGGCUCCGCAGAUCUAUGAAAGCCUUCAAAAAGAGAAGGUCACAGUUGGCGAUGUCAUCUACAUCGAAGCAAAUAGCGGUGCAACCAGAAGAGUGGGGCGAAGUGAUAGCUACGCCACCGAAUUCGACCUUGAAGCAGAUGAGUACGUGCCUGUGCCAAAGGGCGAUGUGCAUAAGAAGAAGGAAGUUGUGCAGGACGUGACCUUGCACGAUUUGGACCAGGCAAAUGCCAAGCCGCAAGGGGGCCAGGAUUUGCAGAGUCUGAUGGGAAGCUUCUUGAAACCACGAAAGACGGAGAUCACAGAAAAGCUGCGGCUUGAGAUCAAUAAGGUCGUCAACAGGUACAUAGAUCAGGGCAUUGCCGAACUGGUGCCUGGUGUGCUCUUCAUUGAUGAGGUGCACAUGCUCGACAUUGAAUGCUUCACGUAUUUGAAUCGAGCUUUAGAGUCUACACUCAGCCCGAUCAUCAUUUUUGCGACCAAUAGAGGUAUUUGCACCAUCCGCGGCACCGACAUCGUGUCGCCCCAUGGCAUUCCAGUUGACCUUCUGGAUAGGUUGGUCAUCAUCAGGACAAUGCCGUACUCAGUGGAUGAAAUCAUCCAGGUGGUGAAUAUCAGGGCGCAAACAGAAACCCUUUCCGUUGAUGAGGAUGCGCUGGUCUUGCUAGGUGAGAUUGGCGCAAACACCUCGCUUCGAUAUGUGGUGCAACUGCUGACUCCGGCGUCAAUCCUUGCCAAGACCAAUGGCCGAGAGGCAAUUGUGAGAGAGGACAUCGAGGAGAUUGACUCAUUGUUCUUCGAUGCAAAGUCUUCGGCCAAGUUGCUAGCUGAGCAGGCAGACAAGUACAUUUCCUGAGUGCCAGGGUGCUUCUGCUUUCUCACUUUUUGUGCUUUGCAUGAUCUCUCAGCCAUCUCAGCCAAAUG